GAUCAUCCUGCUUCUCCUGUAGCCCCGCCUCGUCAUUCCACUGCCUGUCUGUCCGAGGCUGGGAUCUCUACGAAAAUACCCCUAACCCCCCCCUCUGAGAACAGAACAGCCAUACUACUGCGAAACGGGACGGAACUGAGAGGCCAUGAAGCCCGCGACAUGAUCCAGCGCGCAGCGGGGAUUGGGACGUCGGAGCGUGGCGCUGCGAGUCGUGAACUCCCGUCAGGAAGGAGAGGACUUCACGACACCAGUGCGUAGUGGUGCCGAGAGACGGGCGGUAACGUGGAGCCCUGAUCCGACCGAUGGAGCUGACGGGACCGCUGCGGGACCACAUCAAGAGGCCGACACAGGGUCCCCUGUGAGACCCCCUGUGAGGUCCACAUCUCCCCGGAGGAGGAAUCCUCCGACGCCCAAGCGGUGAAGGGCUGCACGACUCGUCGCGUCCGCCUCGGAAGACGUCCUCCGCUUUACAGACGUUGUGUUUUCUCGGUUCCCAAAGUUGGGCUCUCUCUCAGUGAGCAGGCAGGUCCCGCCGUUGGACAGGGACUAGGGUCGGUAGUACCACCUGGACCGUGGAGGUCCUCUCCAUGGAGGCCUGGAUGUCGCCACACUUCAACCCUCCAAAGAUUACUCUGAUUCACAAAGUUGCGUAAUUAUUGCAUCGCAGCAUUCCGCGGUUUUUGAGGAACUCUUAGACUUUGUUUUGUUGUUGUGUUGUGGCCCAAAGUGUCUACUCCACGUCCAUCAUGUCAUCUAAAGACGGCACAUGUCGGAAGUUUCAAGCCAACAUCUUCAACAAAAGCAAAUGCCAGAACUGCUUUAAACCCCGAGAAUCGCAUUUGUUGAACGACGAGGAUCUGAACCAGGCAAAGCCCACCUAUGGGGGAUGGCUGCUCCUUGCUCCGGAGGGAACCAACUUCGACAACCCUCUCCACCGGUCCCGGAAAUGGCAGCGGCGCUUCUUCGUCUUGUACGAGCACGGCCUUCUCCGAUACGCCCUGGACGAGAUGCCCAGCACCCUGCCCCAGGGAACCAUCAACAUGAACCAGUGUUCAGAUGUGGUGGACGGGGAGGGCCGUACCGGACAGAAGAACUCCCUGGCCAUCCUAACCCCAGAGAGGGACCACUUCGUCCGCGCCGAGUGUAAAGAGAUCAUCAACGGGUGGCAGGAGGCAUUGACUAUCUACCCCCGAACCAACAAACACAACCUGAAGAAGAAGCGUAAGGUGGAGCCCCCCACUCCCCAGGACACCAUAACUCCAAACGGUCACUUUUCCGCUGAAGAGUUGAACGGGCACGCUGAGCCUGGCCCGGCCAAGGUGGCGGUCACCAGCGUGGGCGACAGCGGGGGUCUCUGCUGGGGACCAGGGGGCGGCGGCAGCAGCAUUGCGGGCGCCGAGCGGGUCCCGGCCACCCGGGCCAGCCUGUGGCAGGACGAGGCCCCCGCCCGCUGGUCCCGGGCCCCCGCCUCCAUCCCCUACAGCCGCAGCUCGUCCUGCAUCAGCCAGCUGGACCAGCCCCAGGACCGCAGCGGCGCCCCCGCCACCCAGGACGACGGCGCGGUGGUGGCGGGCGGCGGCCGUAAGCCUCGCGUGGAGAGCGGCUACUUCUCCCUGGAGAAGACCAAGUACGAGCCCUUCGACUCCCUGCAGCACCCCCCCCAGCACCUGCCCCUCUCCGCCGCCCCCGUCCCCCCGGGGACCUCCAACCACAGGCGCUCGCAGGUGAUUGGUCGCAUUAAGGAAGGUCCGCCCCUGGAGUGCAUGGACACGCAGGUCUCCACGGAGACGGCCUCUGACCCGGUGUCUGCUCCGAGACAGGGCAGGGCUGAGCGACGCUACAUGGCAAACCGACCAGAGAUGUCCUUGGAUGCUGGAAGGGGCCCCAGCACAGAUGUUUCCGCCGCCUCCAGCCUGAGAAGAGCCAAGUCUCUGGACCGCAGAGCAGCCGACGCAUCCGCCACACCUGAUCUGCUGAACUUCAAGAAGGGAUGGAUGACCAAGCUGUACGAUGACGGAAUGUGGAAGAAGCACUGGUUUGUGUUGACCGACCAGAGCCUGAGGUACUACAAGGACUCCAUCGCAGAAGAGGCGUGUGAUCUGGACGGGGAGGUGGACCUGUCUUCCUGUUACGAUGUCACCGAGUUCCCCGUACAGAGGAACUAUGGCUUUCAGAUCCUUAGUAAGGAGGGAGCGUGCACACUGUCGGCCAUGACGUCGGGCAUCAGGAGGAACUGGAUCCAGGCCAUCCUGAAGAACGUGCGGCCGGCCACGGCCCCAGACGUCACCCGAAAGCAUCUAGCUCUGAAGCUGUCAGUUCUCAAGUCAAGGUCGUUACCUGAAGAGCAGGCCAAGACCCAGCUGGCUCAGUGUCUCCAGUCCCCAACGGACCCUCUUGCUGGCCCUGAGGGCUCCGGGGCCGAGGUCCCCGCGCAGCCGGCAGGGGCCCCCGUCCCCUCCCCCGAGCCCCGCAAGAGCCGCGUCCGGGAGCGUCGGCGGGAGGGCCGAUCCAAGACCUACGACUGGUCAGAGUUCCGGACGGGGCAGACGACCGACCCCUUGGACCUCAGCUCUGUCCUGCCUUCCUCCUCCACCUCCUCGUCCUACGCCUCCUCCACGGCCUCCUCCCCCGGCUCCAGCACCUCCUCCCCCCAGACCUCCUCCUCCGUCUCCGCCCCGCCUCCGCGGAUCUCCGCGGCCACCAGCCUGGACGGGGUGGCGGAGGAGCGAGCGCGCCGGUCGGACCAGGGGCGCGUCGCCGGCGGUCCCGCGCCUAACACGGUCACCGUUACCAUGACGACUACGCUGAACGCCGCGCCCGCGCCCCAGCCGCGGCCGUCUCCGCCCCCAGACCAGGGAGCGAUGGAGGUGGACGGGCAGGUCAAGGCGGGCCCAGAGGGGGACUCGCGGCGGCGGGGCGGGGUGGAGCGGGAGGAGGAGCGGGAGGAGGAUCACCAGGGGGUGAUCGAGGAGCACUGGCAUCAGGUGGAGACCACGCCCCUCAGGGAGGAGAAGCAGGUGCCCAUCGCCACGGCGACCACCAUCGGUGCCGAGCGACGCCCGCCGCGAGAACUGGCCACCCUGCUCAACAAGGAGCUGGGGGAGAAGCAGCAGGAACUGGACCGUCUGCAGGAGCAGAACCUCCAUCUGAAGGAGCAGCUGGACGAGGCGCGAGGCCGCGAGCACAGCGCCAGGGAGGGCUACGUCCUGCAGAGUUCCUCCACCCCCUGCUCCUCGCCACACCGAUUGCAACGGCAAAGUCCGCACAAGCUCGGCAUGCACACGCACGGUGACCCAGAGCCCCCGCUGGAAGUCGUUCCACAGCAGCUCCCCACAUUGAGGAGGAGCCUCACCGAGAACCAGGGCUCUGUAGGACGCCAAGAAGUCCAGAUCCAGGCCCUGCAGGCCAAAUUAGCCUCGGCAAUGGCAGAGAUCCUGGCCAGCGAGCAGGCUGUGGUCCGCAUGCGCAAUGAGCUGAAGUUGGAGCAGGAGCGCUCAAGGGACCACGAGGAGGAAUUUGGCCGCAGUGAAGACACCCUGCGAGCUCAGCUCCGGGAAAACGAGGACAGGCUCCGCGAGGUCGAGGCCAGCCUCUUGGAGAGGAACCAGGUCCUCAGGCACCUGGAGAGGCAGCAGGCCCUUCAGAGAGACCACCAGAGGGAGGUCCAGAGGCUCCAGGAGAGGCUGAAGGAGGUGAGCGGCAGGUUGAGUGCUACAGAGGAGGCCCAGGCCCUGAAGGAGGAGCGCCUAAGGCAGGACCAACAGGGCAUACAAGAGGCCUACGAGAGUGAGAAGCAGCACCUAACCGGGCUGUUAUUGGAGGCCGAAAUUUCCCAGAAGGAGAUGGAGAGUAAACUGUGGGAGGCAGAGUUGCAGGUUGAGACCCUGCUAAGAGGAAGGCGCUCCUCCUGUGGAAAGGAGGAGAGGGAGGAGGUGCUGAAGCUAAAGGAGGAGCUGAGCCAGAAGACCAGCCUAGUGGACACCUUGAGGGAGAGCGUCCGUAGGCUGGAGGAGGAGAAGGGUCAUCUUACCUGCCGCUGUCAGGAACUCCUCAACCAGAUAGCAGAAGCAGACCGCGAGGUGAACAAGCUGCGCAGCCGCUUGGACACUGAGGAGGCCGACUAUCACAGCCUGGAGCAAUCCUACAAACGAGCUUCACAGGAGUUCCAGAGCAUGAGCCAGUUCCUCCGGGAGAAAGAGGAGGAGAUCCGCCAGACGAAGGCCAUGUACGACAGGCUGGUGGCGUGCAAGGAUGAAGACCUCAAAGAAGCCCUCGUGAAGAUGGCUGUCCUUGGAAACAGCUUGGAAGAGACGGAACAGAAACUUUUGGCCAAGGACGAGCUGAUGUCUCAGAUAAGUGACACCCUAAGGGUGCAGGGCGAGCCCUGCGGGGCAGAGAGGGACCUGCAGGCCAAACUGGUGAUAGCAGAGGACCGCAUUGCAGAGCUAGAGCAGCAUCUCAAAACCCUACAGCUUGGCUAUGCAGACUUACACAUUGAACGCCACAGAUUAGAGCAAGAGCACGAAGAGGAUCUGGCAGAGUCGGCUUACAACACCAAUAACUUCACGGUUGGAAAGCAGCCUCUUGGAAAGAGACAGAGAAUUCGCUUCUCCAACAUUCAAUGCCAAAAGUACAUGAGCCUGGACAGCUCCCAGGUGGACAGCAGUGAAGGUAUUAUCCAGGGUAUGGGAGAAGAAACGACCAGCUCAUCACCCACACCUCCUCAGUAUAGCAGUGACCCAGAGAAGUUCAUCUCCGUCAUACAUGCCCUAGAAACUAAACUUGUGUCCACUGAGGAGAAGUUGAGAAACCUCACACAGAAGCUUGACGGCCAUAUCCUGGUCCAAUCGGAAGACUUGCAUGCAUCCGAGCAACCAGCUAACCAGGUGUCCUCUGUUGGAGGAGGAGUGUCUUCUGUUGGAGGAGGAUGUGUUAUUGCUGCAGCUACAGACCAGUAUGCCAAGGCCCUGGUGUGUAUUGAGACCAGCCAAGAGAAGGUACGCAGCCUCCUCUUGGGCUCCCAUGAGCCCACCGAGUGCCAGCUAUUGUUGUUAUCAGAGGUCGAGAAGGAGCUGCUCAAUGCAACACUGUACAUCAGGCAAGGCGAGAAAACCCUGGAAGGCCACAUGCCACAGUAUCCAAAUUACCCAUUAGAUACUGUUGAUGGCAAGGAGCUUGGGGAGGAAAUGUCCCUCUUUGCAAAGACGUUGUCCUAUGAGGCUCUUGUUUUGAACAAGAUGGCUUUGUUGAUACAGAAUUCAAACUCCGACCUUCUGCAGGGUUUCGAUGAAAUGCAUAAAGAAUUGGAGAUGGUGAAUUCUGCUGAUGGAGAUUGCUUGGCAGUAGUGUACGCUGAUGUUCUGUCCAGGAAGUUAGUAUUGGAGAGUGCUUUCUGGAAAGAUCUGGAGAAGGUGAAGACACAGUGUAAAAUACAGCAAACAAAAGAUUCAGACCUUGCUCAAAAACCAGAAGGGGAUGUUGGCUCAGCUGAUGUUGACGUUGACACCACAGAAAUCAUUACCACCGUUGUCAAAGCAGAACUCACAUAUUCCAUUCAAAAUCUUAAACUCCUCUAUGAGGACAAAUUCAGAUCAAUUCAACAGGAACUUAUAUCAGCCCAUAAUAACCUACAGAAACGAGACAUGGCUCUACAAGAGAUCUUUGAAGCUCUACCAAGCCCUGACCUGAAACACAUCGUUGAAGAUAUCAGGAAAAGCCUUUUCGGUCAAAAGAAGCGGUUAGCUGACAUCAGUCCUCCAGAGCUCGCUCCCUACAUGGAGCAGAUUGAAAUGGAGGAAGCAAAGGACAUGGCCGAGGAAUUUCUCAACAGACACUUGCCUCAAAAUCUUUCGUCUUCUACUGUCAACUCACUGGCGUCCCUGCCCCACGCACAAUCCGCCCUUGCUGCUGAGCUCCUGAAACAGGCAGCGCUUCUUCAUAGAUGUUCAGAGGAAAUCGGGAAAAGUGGCAGCUUUGAAGGACUAGCCAGCUUGAUCCGGACCCUUCCAGGUCACCAAGCCUCUCGCGGCCUGGUCAGCGGAUCGCUCUGCAUGCGGGAGGCGUUGAUUCAGGCCCAGGUGGCCUACGUUGCUUGCAGACUCCGAGCCGUCCACCAACAGGACCUGAACCGGUGUCGUCAGACAGGUCGGGACAUGGACACUCUAGUCCAGGACCACGCCCGCAGCGUCAGUGCCAUUCACCAGAGUUACGAGUCGUCUCUGAGCGAGGAACGUCUGGGCUUCGGCCAAAUGGUGAGCUCGCUCCAAGAGGAGAACCAGGAGCUGAGGAAGGAGCUCAGCGAGAGGCUGAACCAACUCUCUCAGCAGCAGAGACAGCUCCUGGACCUGGGGCAAAACUUUGAGAGGGAGCAGGAGGAGAUGAGUCAGAGGCACAAGCAGGAGCUGAGCCAGGCGGAGCAGAGCCGUGCCACCACAGAGCUGGCCCUGAUGGAGGCAGCCACCGACAGCCAGCAUAAAGUAGAGGUUCUGCUGGGGGACAUGGAGACCCUGGCGGAGAGGCAGGAGAAACAUGUAAGGAACCUCGAGGAACAGUUCCAAGAGAAGCUUCGGGAGCUUCAGCACGUUCAGAAGGAGGAGAUACGGAAGUUGCAAUCCCAUUACAUGGAAACCAUCCGAUGCAUCCAAGAGAAGCAACAGAAGAAGAAGAACCCUGACAGCCCGCCGCUAGGCGAUGAGGCCUGUGCUAUGAGCUCGCCGAUGGAGGAAGAGGAGCAGGGGUAUGCAGGAGAUGUUGGGAGCAGGGCGGAGGUGGACCCCAUGGUGGUUCUGAAGGACAGGAUCCUGGAGCUGGAGACACAGAUUAACUGCAUGAGGGAGGAGCUGGACAGCAAACACCUGGCGGGAGACGUUAGCAGCUUGAAGGAGAAAUACCAGAGAGACUUAGAGAGUCUUAAGGCUACGUGUGAGAGAGGGUUUGCCGCCAUGGAGGAGACCCACCAGAAGGUGGUGGAGGACCUCCAGAGGCAGCACCAGAGGGAGGUGUCCAAGCUCCUGGAGGAAAGGGAGAGGCUGCUGGCAGAGGAGACGGCUGCCACCAUCUUUGCUAUUGAAGCCAUGAAGAACGCCCACAAGGAGGACCUGGAGAAGACCCAGCGUCCGGCUCUGAGUGGCCUCAACUCAGACAUCGACCAGCUGCACUCUCAAUACGAGGCAGAGCUGCAGUCCGUCCACAGGGAGCUGGAGGUGCUGUCGGAGCAGUACAGCCAGAAGUGUCUGGAAAACGCCCACCUGGCCCAGGCUCUGGAGGCCGAGAGGAACGCCCUGCGCCAGUGUCAGCGGGAGAACCAGGAGCUCAACUCACACAACCAGGAGCUGAACAACCGGCUGACAGAUGAGAUCAUGAAAAUCCGCUCCUGCUUCAGCGGACAGACCGACCUUUCACCUCUGACCCACGGGAAGGACCUGUACGAGCUGGAGGUUCUCCUAAGGAUCAAGGAGUCUGAGAUCCAGUACCUGAAGCAGGAGAUCCACUCCCUCAAGGAUGAGCUGCAGUCCGCUCUCAGAGAUAAGAAGUAUUCCAGUGAUAAGUACAAAGACAUCUACACAGAGCUGAGCAUCGUCAAGGCCAAGGCAGACUGUGACAUCGGCAAACUGAAGGAGAAGCUCCUGGUUGCCACGGAAGCGCUGGGCGAGAGGAAGGUGGACGGGACGGUUGCCCCUGGAUACGACAUCAUGAAGUCAAAGAGCACUCCAGACUUCCUGAAGAAGGAACGAAUGCCGCUCACUAAACAGCUGAGGGGCGUGCGCUCCAAGAGCCUCAAAGAAGGACUGACCGUCCAGGAGAGGAUGAAGCUGUUCGAGGCAAAAGACUCCAAGAAGAUCUGAAUACUCACAGCUUGAAGGCUGCUGUUUGGCCUCCCAACCAGCAAGGGGAGACAAAACACACAGGAAGUAGUUGGUCUCUUCCUGACUCUCCCGUUUUUGUUUUAUUUGCUGAAAAGGACCUAAAGCCUUCGAUUUCGAUUUAAAUCUCUACAUAAACCUGUGUUUUUUUUUUUCUUUUUCUUGGAUGUAAUCUAUAUUCUGAAAUGUUCUCCCAUUAUAGUCUCCCCUCUGGCAUGCCACGGGGCAUUUUAUUAUUAGUACACAGAUGUGACAAAAGCCAAAACGUAUAGCAAUAUACACUAUGAAUAAUAUAUAUAUUUUCUCUGUAGGAACGUAACCAGUACCUGCUGUAAUACCUUGUGUUGGGUUCCAGUGGUUUGUAGUUCUGAAGUGUUUUUAAUGUGCCGGUUGUGUUGUACGCAACGAGGAGCAGCUGGGCUGGCUGUGGAUUCAGGAGUUGUCUGCUGUAGUUUAUUCUGAGUUUCACUGUGGCGCCAUCUAGUGGCUCCCUGGGGAGGUGCGUGUUGGGCUGGGCUUUAACAUUAUUUGAUUGGCUGUGUUUGGAUAGGCUGUUUGUGGUUGGCCGUCUAUGGUUAAUUGAAUGUGGUAUCUGUAUGAAUGCACCGUUUCUAAUUGGUUUUCUGAAGUUGGCCUUGCUACAGCAAAUUGGAAGACUGCACUUACCUCUGGCCUGCUGAGGAAGCUGUUUGUUUUUAGAAUUUUUGACUGUUUCGUGACUUCAAGCUAACUUCUACAGUGCAACCAAACCUUUUGAUCAGCAAACCAUGCUGACUUACGUUUGCUCCUCCCCACUUAUCGUCGGCCAGGGAUGAGUUUAGUAGUUUGUAGUUUGUUUUGCUUUGAGAAACCUCCAGAGAGUGUUUAACCAUGACAUUUAGCACUGCAUAGGGCGCUAGCAUGCUGGCUACAUCUACAGAUAUCUCCCUAUAUCACGAGCAGCUUUACCUUAAACCAGGCCUUUUCAAGGCUGAUCUUAAACUGGGAUGUUAAUAAGCUUAGCUUGGCCGGUCCUACCAGCUUCAUGUCCAGAUCAAACUGGUUUUCCUUCAUUGCCGUCCUUCAGCCAUGGGCUCAGACUCAAUGUUCUUCAUUUUAAAAUACAUUAUAAUAUUGUUUGUGCCUCAACUGAGCGACAUGUUCUUGAAACCUGUGCAGCUAUUUAACUGACAUUAAAUAAUUAAGUAAUAAUUAAUUCCCACUGUAUAGUAUUCAAAUCAAGCUUUGUAUAUAAGAUGUAUGCAACACACAAAAAACUUUUUUCCGUUUUUGUUUAAAACUUGUACUUUGCUUAGCCUACAAGCUCUAUACAGAAUAUAUGAAAUUGAUAUAAAUAUUUUUUAUUUUUGUUUGAAUGUAACGCAAAUAAAGUCUUUUGAAAUAUUAGUUUGUUAUGUCACCAACAGAAAUUAUUUCCAACUCUUUGUGUGAAAGAUCACAUCCGUAAAACCAUUAAGGACAAGAGUAUCUCUUUAAACAGACGCCUGUUAAAGCGAUGGGUUUUAAGAGCCCAGGUUAUUGUUGGCAUUGUCUUUGUCUUUAAUAAAUCAGCCAUGAUUUUAGAUCAACUCCCCCUCUGACAGUGUAGACGCGUUGUGAUACUGGGCCUUCGGUGAGCCGUUGACGUCAUCCAUCAUCUUCCACAUGAGGGUUGAUCGGCUCAAAUAGCGCUAUGUUUCCAAACCAAGGUGAGUGCAUAUGAGCCCACAAACAAACAAAUACACAAGUUUAGAUUCUGUGCAUACUCGUCACUGCUCAUGCUCCCAUCUGCAACUUCAGUGCCCUGCUCUGUGCGAAGGGCAGAGCGAUAUUUCAAUUAGUUGAGAGGGCAGGUUUAGGAAGGUGUGUUUUUUAAAGGGCCCCUAUUAUACAACUAUGUGAGUGUGAUUAGCCAUUACAAGAAAAAUGUUGCUGAUCUAUCCAGCAUACAUCUAGGUUGACACUCUUACUUGUGACGUCACUAAAACACAGAAAAGGGCAGAGGCAAGUUUAUUUAUAUAGUAUCUUACAAACACAAGGCCAGUCAUCUUGCUUCAGUAAGGACGAAAUAACAUGCAAAGGAUGAUCAUUAAAGAUAAUGAAAAGGCCAAAUGUAAAAUACAAGAGAUAAAGAUUAAGAUGUUAUGAGAACAAAUGUAGUGCAGACAUACAUUUUUUUAUCAAAGUUAAAAAAAAUUGUCCCUGAUUUUAAUAGAAUAAAGUGUGAAUCAGACCUCCGAUGUUCUGGAAGUUUGUUCCAGAUCUGUGUUGCAUACACACUAAGAGUUAGUGACCAUGGUAACGAACUCUGUGAGCACCUGAGCAGACCCUGCCAGAAGAAAACUAUGUGGGGGGGCCUCCAUCCUGCCUGUCAAUCACAUGCACACAUCUUCAUCAUAGCUCUACCCACAGGGGCCUCGGUGCAAUACAAACGCAGAGAGGGUUUUUUGGCUGUUUAUUUUAUUUUUUUAAAUCUCGCUCUCUUCCCUUUUUU